CCAAUUCCUUAUCCUCACAUUGCUUCCCCUGCGUCUAACUCUCUACACUCUCUUCUCCUUUCCUCAUCUCACUAUCCAAAAAUGGCUUCCACUCUCUCCACUGUAACCCUCCGUUCUCUUUCCCAUCCCGCCCCUUCCGCCUCCAAUUCCUUGCUGCCGGCAACCGCCUUCCCCAAACAAGCCGUACAAUUCCCGGUCCGCGCCCCGAAACUCCCCCGCCGAGCCACAUUCGUCCGCCCUAUAGCCGCCGUGGGUGCGCCGGAGAAAGUGGUGCAGCUCGGCGACGAAAUCUCAAACCUAACCCUAGCCGACGCGCAGAAACUGGUCGAGUACCUCCAGGACAAGCUCGGCGUCUCCGCCGCGAUGAUGGCGCCCGCGGCCGCCGUCGUCGCCGCUCCCGGAGCCGCCGGCGCUGGCGAGGCCGCCGCCGUAGUGGAAGAGAAGACGGAGUUCGACGUGGUGAUCGAAGAGGUGCCGAGCAACGCCAGAAUCGCGGCGAUUAAAGCGAUUCGGACCUUGACGAGCUUGGCGCUGAAAGAGGCCAAGGAGUUGAUUGAAGGCCUGCCGAAGAAAUUCAAAGAGGGAGUCUCGAAAGAGGACGCUGAAGAAGCCAAAAAGCAGCUCGAAGCAGCCGGAGCCAAAGUAUCAAUUGUCUAGAAAUUUGAUUGAAUCGAUGAAUUCCAUGGCAAUGCUUUCUAUCUCUUUUCCCCCUUUUUUUGUGACGAAAUUGAAUUGUACUUGUUUGCAUUUGCUACUAGCCAGUUUCUAGCUAUAGACUUACAGCUUCAUAUCUCUUAUGUUAUGAUUUCUGAAGCAUCAAAAUUUUCAUUUCUCAAUCUCAA